CUUCUCGGUUCUAGACCAAUAAAGUAAGAGGAGAUGGGCUGCGUUCAGCCAAUCACACAUCUCGUGGAUUAGGCGUUUAAAUGGAAAUAACCCGAGAUGAAAAGCUCUUAACUUCAAGGCUUGGGUUCUUGGGGUCGCUGUUUGAACUUCAAGUCACUCUAGGGACACAUCCUGCGUGGUAACGAGUACCAGAAACAAGCCACAAGUGGGAGAGCUUCAACAGGGACAGCAUAUCCUUGUUCUCCAACCUUAGAUGAUCUUCCUGAUCCUCCAGCAAGAAGGCACAGAAGGAAAAACAGGAGGAGGAGGGAGAUGUUUGACUGGGAUUUCCUAAAAAUGAAGUCCUUCGAGCCCUAUCAGGAAAUCAUGGAAGAAUAUUUGGUCAAAACCAAGAACUAUGUAAAUGGACAUUGCACCAAAUACGAGCCCUGGCAGCUGAUUGCAUGGAGCGUCCUCUGGACCUUGCUGAUCGUGUGGCUUUAUGGCUUUCUCUUCCAGGCUGAGAGCUUAUUUUCAAGGGUUCAAAAGAAGUUUUUUAGAAUCAUCAGAAAAGUCCCUAUUAUUGGUACUAAGGAGGAAAUUGGAUUAGGUGAUCUCUCGGUUCCCUACUGCCUCCAGGUACACCCACAGCUGUCAUACAGGACAGAGAGGAAGGGAAGCUCGAGAAGGGAACCAGGGCUGAUCCAGGAGAGGCUCAACAAGGUGAAGGAAGACAUCCUCAAGAACCUGACCUUCCUCAAGGUGGAGCACGAGUACGUGAAGAACCUGCCCAGCGAAGGCUUGAGCACAGCCGACAUCCUGGAGCGGCUCCAGGAUUACCGGUCCCUGGAAAAUUCCCAUUGGGAAGAUGGGAAAGUCUCGGGGACAGUGUACAGUGGGGAUGAGAAACUCACCCAGCUUCUGGUCAAGGUUUAUGGAGAUUUUGCAUGGAGUAAUUCAUUACACCCAGAUGUCUUUCCAGGGAUUCGGAAGAUGGAGGCAGAGGUUGUGAGGAUAGUUUGCAACCUUUUCAAUGGUGGACCAGAUUCCUGUGGUUGUGUGACAUCAGGCGGGACGGAGAGCAUCCUGAUGGCCUGCAAAGCCUAUCGAGACAUGGCUUAUGAAAAGGGCAUCAAAUUCCCAGAAAUCGUGGCUCCUGUCAGUGUCCAUGCCGCAUUUGAGAAGGCAGCCCAUUAUUUUGGGAUGCGGCUGAUACGCGUCGCACUGAAAAAGAAUAUGGAGGUGGAUGUCAAGGCCAUGAGAAGAGCCAUUUCCAGGAACACUGCGAUGCUCGUCUGCUCCACGCCUCAGUUCCCCCAUGGGGUAAUUGAUCCCGUUCCCGAAGUGGCCAAGCUGGCUCUCAGGUAUAAAGUCCCUCUCCAUGUAGAUGCCUGUUUGGGGGGCUUCCUCAUUGUCUUCAUGCAGAAAGCUGGAUACCCACUAGAUCUUCUAUUUGAUUUCCGGGUAAAUGGAGUGACCAGCAUUUCAGCAGAUACGCAUAAGUACGGAUAUGCACCCAAAGGCUCGUCGGUGCUGAUGUACAAGAACAAGGAAUACCGGCACUACCAGUUCUUCGUGAGCCCUGACUGGCCGGGGGGGAUCUACGCGUCCCCCAGCAUGGCAGGAUCGCGGCCUGGAGGCAUCAUCGCAGCCUGCUGGGCCACCCUGAUGCACGUGGGCCUCAACGGCUACGUGGAGGCCACCAAGAGCAUCAUCAGGACCGCCCGCUUCCUCAAGUCCGAGCUGGAAAAAAUCAAAGGCAUCUUUGUCUUCGGCAACCCCCAGCUGUCCGUCAUCGCCCUCGGGUCUCGGGACUUCGACAUUUUUCGUCUUUCUAAUCUCAUGACUGCCAAGGGUUGGAACUUGAAUAUUUUGCAAUUCCCAUCCAGCAUCCACAUCUGCAUCACGAUGCUCCACACGCGCCCCAAGGUCUCCAUGCAGUUUCUGAAGGAUGUCCGGGAGUCCGUCACGCAGAUCAUGAAGAACCCCAAGGCCAGGACCACAGGCCUGGGCGCCAUCUAUGGCAUGUCCCAGACCGUGUCUGACAGGAAGAUGGUAGCGGAACUGACAGAAGCCUUCUUGGACAGUCUCUACGUCACCGACGCCCCUCCGGGCAGUCCCAAGAACGGCUCCCCCAAGCCCCACUGAUCCCGGCCGGGGUGGCCUUGCCAGGCGCAGGCCUGGGCCGAUCUCGCGAGGGAACAGGCCACUCUGACCCGGAGCAGCGGCGCACAUUGCACUGGAAGAGCGACGCCCAGGCAUCUGGAUUGGGGGGCUCCCCUCCUUUUACCCUCCUCCGGGCCCCAGGGUUGCUUUUAAUUUGAAGAUAACGGAAGGAUUUCCUCCUUUGAUGAUCGCGUCCCCAUUUUCCUCCAUUCCUAGGCCUUUCACUGGGUACCCCUUCACCUCCUCCAAUCAGCGUGUGGCUGGCACCCCGUCUGCCCUCCCUGGGGCGGCCUCACGCGCCGCUUUCUUUCUCCUCCUCAGCAGAGUGUGGAGGUUUUGUUUGGCCGUCUUCCUCCUCCUUCCUCAGGGCUGAUGGCGGCUUCUGUUUCCAACUAGCACGAAGGCCGUCCCGCCAAGGGGAGAGCGGCCUGACUUCUCUCUCCGCCUGGGCCCCAGAGGCCCCCUCGCGGUCCCCGGCCUGCUGAUCAGGGAGGGGGAUCGCGACGGGGAAGAGGCCAAGCCCUGACCUCUGUUCUCCCCCCAAACCCUUGUCCCUUCGCUUCAAGGGACGCGGCCUCAAACUGGUACGAGUUAGGAUCCUGACGACUUGAAGGCACCUUCUAAAGGGCAUUCACCCAUUUGCCUUGACUUCUUCCAGCUGUUCUGCAGGAGGAGGUGGGAUCCCAUCCCGGGCCUAGUUCAUGCCCCAGACCUUGCUCUGCUCCCCGGGGGGCUCCUGGCAGCUGCGCCUCCGGCUGUGAGUUAGGCUCUCUCUUUCACCCCUGGCUAAAAGGGCUCCCAGGGAUGGGGGGCCGUCCUGGGGCUCGGGCGGCGCGGCGCCAGCACAGCCACCCUGCGUCUGUCCCGCUCUCCCGGAGCCGUCCCGCUUUCUCAUUUCUCAGCCACGUGCCUUUCUGGGAUACGGAGCAGCCGCUCCAGAGCCCGGGCCCUCGACAAGUGGAUCUCCUGAUUUCUUUUCCUAUCCUUCGGGCCUGGGAACCGUUAGGACCAAGCUAGAUGGCCCUUCCCGUGGGCCUCUCCGGUGGGGAUCCCGGAGUGUCCGGCCUAUCCUCGGACAUAACCUCCCCGGGCUGCCAGUGGGGAAGGAGAGCGCGUGCACCUCCCACGCCACGGAGUUCUGAGAUGGUGUUUGCCGUCUCCUGUACCUCCCGCCCGGGGAUGGAGCCCCUCCGAGCUGAGCUCCACGGCGGCCGCCAGCUCUGAGCCCUGCUCCGCCCCGGGGGCACAGUUUUCCACACGGAUGCCGUCCCCAUUCCAGGCUGGUUCUCCAGGCCCCCCUUGUCCUUCCACGCACUGUGGCUGAACCGUGGGGGUGAGAGGCGGCCGCUCGGUGGCUCUGCUUUUGGUUCUGUCUUGUGUCUUCUUUCUCUUGCCAGUAGAGAAGUAGCCAUGGGAGCGCGGUGCUGCCGACUGGCUCCCCCUCCUCUCCUCUGGCUGUCCUCAGAAAAGGGACGGUACUCCCCCUGCCAAGUGGCGGCCCUAACCUUGAGAAACCAUUAAACUUCUAGAACUUC